AGCUAACGCUUUUCUUCAUUCACAAUCAUUAUGAACAGCUGUUUUACACUCAUAUGUUACUUAUGGAUGGAACUUGGACUAUGCCGCAAAUAAGUGAAGAGUCGAUAGCCGAGUAUAUUUUACGUUAAUUUUCAAAAAAAAGUAAUUAAACGUAAUAAUAUUUUUCAAAUUCUUGAAUAAAUAAAUUAGUGUAGUUCUUUCUUCAUCAACUUAACCACAAAAUUUGUUGAAAGCUGGCCUACGGCAAUGGCUCAUGAUAAGCGUUGAUAAAAUAAUCUAAUCGAUAACUCUAUCUUAUCACUAACUUUUCUGAAAAAUACAUUGUUUUGUAUGUCAUCUGUACGAAUAAACAAAUUGGAAUUUUCGCAUAAAUAAACAUGUCAACGUUCUACUUCGUCAUUGUUGGUCACAAUGAUAAUCCUAUAUUUGAAAUGGAGUUUAGCACAGUCAAUAAAGAGCUGCGUAAAGAAGACAGUCGUCACUUAAGCCAAUUCAUUGCGCACGCCGCAUUAGAUCUAGUAGAUGAACACAAGUGGAGAACGCCUAAUAUGCAGCUCAAGUCCAUUGAUAGAUUUAAUCAAUGGUUCGUGUCUGCAUUUGUCACCGCCAGCCAAAUUCGUUUCAUCAUUGUGCAUGACAACAAAAACGAUGAUGGCAUAAAAAAUUUCUUUAAUGAAAUGUACGAAACAUAUAUUAAGCAUUCCAUGAACUCGUUUUAUAAAAUCAAUACGCCCAUCAAAUCGCCAGUUUUUGAGAAGAAAGCACAGCUUUUCGGGCGAAAAUUUCUGCUAUCAUUAUAAUCGUUAUAUAGUUUAAUAAAUGUAGAAGCAUAUUAUUUAUAAGUA